ACCUACAUAGCAGCGACAACAUUAUUCAUUAUUUGUCUGCCUGCCAUUAGCAUUGAGUGGAAUGUAAUUUAAUUUGUUUCCAUGAAACUAUUGCUAAGCUAAUGAUAAUUAAAUUUUUCAUUAAUAUACGAGUAUAUAAGAAGAAAAAGAGCUUUUUUGCAAUUGUGUGAAUUCUCAUGUCUGUGUGGAACUUUUCGUUUCGUGUAUUCCUUGGAUUUUUGUAUGAUUUUUCUGCUGCUUCCAGUCAAUCAUUAUCAUUCUCUUUCGUUGAGUCGGUCUCGGUGUUGGUUCAAUUUGUUUGUUAUGAAUUCAAUUGAAGAUUCUGUAAAACGUGCAAAAUAUCUUCUUACUGUUUGUUAAUUCCAUGUGUGUGCGCCAAUUAAUUAAUGUGUGCUUUUGUAUUGAUUGUUAUUUAAAACAGCAUUGAGGUUUUUUUUUUUUACAAGUAAUUUAAUUUCAAUUCAAAAGCUUUAGUGUGCUUAGAGCUUUUACAUUGAAAGCAUUUUAUGGUGUUGUAAAGAAAACAAUUGAAAUAAAAAAAAAAUACAAACAUGGAUUCAAGCUUGGAAUCAGAUGACAGUAUUGCGGAUCCAUCAUACAUUGAAAUUGAAAGAACAAUGAAAAAAGAAACGAGUAUGGAAUCGGCAAAUUAUGAUAAUGCUAGUAAUGAUGAUUCAAAUUUACUUAAAGAGCUUAAAUCCGAAUCAAUUGGGUUACCAUAUUCUCCACAGUUGAACAAUAGUUCAAGUUUGAAUGUUUCUGAAAGAAUACCAUUGAUUUUUAACGGAAGAUUUUUUAAAGUUGUAAGACGAAUUGGCGAAACCGAUCAUCAAAAGAAAGCCCGUGGAAUUCUUGCACAAUGCACUUUUUGUACAUCAACAAAAAUAAUAAAAGGAUCUCUCAAUAUAACAUCAAAUUUCAUACAACACAUGAAAAAACGACAUCGUGUACAAUAUGAAGAAUAUCUUCGUGAAAAAAAUGAAAUUGGUAAAUCACCAAGAACCAUGUUAACAAGAACUAUUACAACAACUUCGUCUUCGUCUAUAUUAAACGAAGUAACAGUAACAGAUUCUGAAUUUGAUGGAAAAGUUAUGGCAUUUAUAGUUGAACAUGGAUUGUCACCAUCGAUUGUUGAAAGUCCAUCAUUUCUAGAUUUAUUUGAUGGUACAGGCUUCGUUGUGUGCACUAAAAAUCAUCUAAUGAAUGCAUUGGAUAGAAAGUAUUCCCAAGUUAUUGCAAAAUUACAAGAAACUUUGUCCGAAGUUUCACAUUUAUGUACAACUCUCAAUGUCUGGUUGUAUAAAGGAAGAUACAUCUUCGGAUACACUUGUCAUUGGAUAAAUUCUGAUUAUUGUAGAAAAUCAGCUGCUCUAGGAUUUCGAAUAUUUACUGAAGAAGGAAUUGAAAAAAUUCCUGAAUAUCUACAAUGCAUUAACUAUCAGUAUGGUAUCAGUGAUGAUAAAAUUGUUAGCACUAUUACAAAUAAUGAUGAUAAUGUAGUAGAUUUUUUUAAGGAAUCUGGAUUAAAUGAUUGCUAUGAAUUUGAUGACGAAGACCAAGAUCAAGCUCAAAUACUCCCAGAUCUAUCGAAUUUCGGUCAAAGAUUUCCAAAACACAGUCAAUGUGUGAUUCAAAAUUUAUAUUCACUCGCAACAACUGAUUUCAUUCAUUUAUUAAAACUCAAUGGAAACCUUGAUGAGCUUCACUGGGCUUUAAUGAAAAAAUGUUCUGAAAUUUGGACAAAAUGUGCUUCUCCAGAAAAGUCUGAAAUGGUUAAAACAUUUGUUCCAUUUUCUUUGAAAUUCCCCACAUCAACUGAUUGGGUAACACUCUACGAUGCCAUCAAAUGCUUGCUUAACAACAAAGACAGACUUGACAAUUUAUGUUUCUUCCUCGAAGUAGUAAAAUUUAGUCCUGUAGAAAUUGAAUAUUUGGAAGAAUAUUGUCGGUUAAUGGAACCCAUUGCUGAGGCAUUUAAAUUUCUUCAAACAGAAUCUCAAAUGCUUUAUGGGUAUUUCCUACCAACUUUAGUAACGAUCAAAGUAAAAUUACACAAACUUGAUUUUGGUUCUUUCAAAUAUCUCUCGGUUCUGGGAUUGCAAAUGGAAAAUAAGUUAUUUAAGAGAUAUCAAAAAUUCUUUGAAAUAUAUCCUGAAUAUAUUGAUUGUGCAGUUGCAGCCGUAUCCUGUCCAGUUAUUAAACUUAAAUUUGCCAAGGCACUUAGUGAAAUUGCUACCAACGUCUCGGUGGAUCAAAUAAAAUUUUAUUUUAUUGAACAUGCUAGGGAAUUUCAGAAAGAAGAAGUUGAAGAUACGUCGAAUCCAGUAAAUACAUCUCAAGAAGAUACUUCGAUAGUUCAUAAUUUCUUUGAUUUUGGACAGACUACUUCUAAAAUUACCGUAAAGAAGGAAUUGGAUCCACUGUUGAAUAUAAAAAGAGAAUUCAAUAGAUAUUUAGCUGAUGAAGACAAUAGCCUGAGUUCGUUAGAACAAUAUCCAAUUGUUAAAAAAGUAUUUAUGAAAUACAAUACUCCCCUGCCAUCUUAUGCUUCAGUUCGAAGAAUGUUUGAAUACUCUGGUGUUACAAGUAGUAAAAGGAAUCUUAAACUGUCGAGUAGACAUUUUGAAAGACUUGUGAUCAUGAAAGGAAAUGAUUUUUUGUAGUGAUAUUUUUUUUUUAAGAAAUAAGCUAACUAACGCGGCCGUUUAUUUUUUAAUAUAGCAUAGAACGUUGGAUAUUAUUAUUUUUUAAGUUAGAAGUAAGAUUUUGAUUAUACUUGAAAAUAAAAUAAAACUAAAAGC